AUGGUUCUUAUCGAGUGUAAGCGGUUACCAAAGGAUGAAUACAGUAAAGAUUAUGAUGUGUUUCUAGUAUCCGUACCAGGUAGUACCAACAUUGGCGAGGCGACAGACAUGCUUCAACAAAUGCGUAAUACACGUAUUCGUAUAAAGUGGAUGAUUGCUGCUGCAAAGCAACUUGUGAAAGAUUUCUGUUCAGAAGAUCAGCAACAUCAUUUAUUGGGUCCUGUGGAAGAUGCUGAACGUUACUUGGCAGUGGAGCGAACGGAGAAGCGUCUAUUAUGUACACAGGAGGAAUUAGAUGCUAUUAUUGCUGCCUUUAAGGGUGGUGCAAUGAUUCUCUUUCCAGAAGAGUGUAGUGGGGCAGAUGCUCCACGGCGUUUGGCUAAACUGCUGGAUGAUGAUAAUAUUCCAGACACCACACGGUCUAAAGCACACCGACUGCUUAGCAUUAUAGAUGAUGGAGCCACAACAGAAGAUAUUCUUCAAGGAACAGCCAUCAUGUGGUGGAGUGGGAAGCCACUUGAUCGCACAGCAGACUUCACAAAAUAUCUUGGCAAGAAUGAAAAGACAAAAAUUACAGUGAAAUUGACAGCAAAGGACGCCCCACCACCACCGCGAGAACCGGUAGUGGAUGCCAAAACACAGGCGGAACUCAUGUCAUACUAUUAUAAAAAACAGGAAGAGAUGAAAAAAAUGAUUGAAGAUGAAGAUCUCUCAUAUGGCAACAGUGCCUGGGCGAACCCACAAGGAUUGAAAUCCCAAUUACACGGUUUUGAGGGAGUGAAGUACAGACCUUCCUAA